AUGUCGACGCCGCCGCGCGACGCCCGCGCGCGCCCUCGCGGUGGCGUCGGCACGACGCGCGUGAGCGCGGAAACCGCGGCGUUCGCGCGCGGGUGCGCGUUCGGGGCGUUCGUCGCGGUCGCCCUCGAGGCGGUCGCGGUGGGCGUCGCCCUGCGCGCGCGCGCGAAGACGCGGGACGCGGGGCGGGAGGCGCGGGACGCGGCGACGGAGGAAUUCGGGGACCGCGACGCGGCGACGGCGGAGACGAACGCGCGCGGGGGGGGGACGGGACGGGGGACCGCGCACGCGGGAUGGUUGAUCGUGAGCGCGCCGAGCGCGCGGGGGGUGGCGCACGCGCGGGCGAACGGGGAGAAACGGUUCGCGCGGUUGACGACGGAUGGAUUGGUGUCGCUGUCGACGGAGCGCGGCGGAGAGACGACGGACGUCCUGGACGCGAGCGCGUGCGAGGUGGCGCUGGUGAAAUUUCCUGGGUUGGAUAAGCCGACGGAGAUUCGUUGGCACGCGUCCACGCCCGUGGUGUUGCGUCGAACGGGGCGGGCGGGCGGGGGGGGGGGCGACGGAUUCGUCCAUCGCGAGUCCUCCGUCGUGUGGUUGUUCGCGCUCUCGUCGCCGGCGAAGGAGGCGUGGUUCGUCGCGCUGCGGUCGUGCAUCGCGCGGAUUCGAGCCGAAAGCGGCGGUGCGCGCGAAGAGCACGCGCGAGCGCUCGAUCGCAUGCGCGUCGACGCGGAUGACUUUGAAAAGUUCACGCUCGCGACGAAAAUGUACAGGGAGGAGUCCAUGCGCCGAGACGCCGAGGCGAAGGGAACGCACGGGUUCGGCGCCGGCGUCGCGGGUGCGACGAUCAACGCGCUCGGCUCGAGGCUGUUCUUCGACAUGUUUCGCGACGAACGAUGGCAAAGCGAGCAAAAGCAAAAGCUCAUAGACAAGCUGAACAACGCCCCGGGGACGCCGAAGUUCAUCGGUGCUUUCGAGAUCACGCACAUCGAUUUCGGCUCCACCGUGCCGCACGUCAUCAGCGCGCGCGUGCCGAACUUUUCGUCGUCGAGUGCGCCUUGGGACGGCGCGGACAUGCCCGGUCGCGGCGCCUCGCACGCCCUCGAGCUCGACAUCGAGUACGUCGGUCGAGCGACGAUGACGGUGCAAACUCGAGUCGAUUUAUCGAAGUAUGCGCAAGACAUGGAGAGCGAGGCGAAUAAAUCGGAGGACAUCGCCGACGACUUCGGGCGAGGCUUCUCGAGCCUGAAGAAGGCGGCCGCGCGAGAGGGGGCGAAACUCGUCGCCUCGCUCUCUGACACCCUUCGCGCGACGCCGCUUCGAUUCACGCUGACGCUCAAGAAAUGCCAAGGAGUUCUGCGUUUGUGGAUUCCUCCGCCGCCGGGCGAUCGCUUGUGGUGGGGUCUGAUGCGAGAGCCUGACGUCGACUUGGAAAUCAUUCCCGAACUCGGCGAAACGAGCAUCUCGCACGAGGGCGUGCUCACGCGCGUCUCGCAGUUCUUACGAAAUCAGUUCGUCGGCGAGAUGCAUAACCAGCUCUUAAUCCCGCACUGCGUCGCUGAGCCUUGGAAAGAGCUUCGUCCGUUCGUGGACCUCAUCGAGCUCUCCGUCGAGGAAGCGCUCGUCGCGCCGACGACGACCAAGGCCGCCGCCGCCGCCGAGGACGCCGCCGCCGCCGCCGAGGACGACGAUGACGACGACGACGACGAGCGCUUGAAAGAAUCGAUGGAGAAAGAAAUGAUCGACGCAGAGGAACUGGAGAAAAGCGAGCCGACGACACCGCAGGCUCCGGAUGUCUUCGCCGAGUCCCCGUCGGCGACGCGUCCAUCCUUGGACGCGCUCGCGACGUCGCCGCCGGCUGAGCAAUUCAUGCGAAGUCCGCCCCCGUCUCCGUCGGGGAGUGAGCUCGAGCGAACGCUCUCGUCUUCGCUUCCCACGUCGCCGAUCGAGCGAACCAUCGUCGGUUCCGGCGCCGGGUUCGCCCUUCCCCCUCGCACCGAACCCAGGCCCGCGCGUCCGUCGGCCGCCCGCGGACCCUCCUUCUUCGCCCAGGCCGCCGCGCGCGCCAAGGAACAGAUUGAGAAAGAUUUCAAGGAUUUUUCCGACGCGGUCAAGGACGCGGGCGUCGUCGGCGGCAUCGCCCACGUCUCCAAGAACAUCGAGCGUCUCGCGACGACCAAGCCCGAGGCCUAA